AUAUGAAAGAACCUAAUUUGUGAUAAAAAAGGGCGGGAAACCGAAAAUACUAGGCGGCAUUUUUGAAAAUAUUUUAAUUAUAGUGUUUUAAGUCCUUUUUUACUGACAAAACCGAGAUAUAUUUGCUCAUUUAUUAUUAAAUUUAAUGUUAGAUUAAAUUUCUGAUUCUACUCGUUGAAUGAGGCCAGGAGGCGGGGGUGCGGGCGGCGGCCCCUCCCCCAUGGAAACAGAAACCGCCAAAACUUCAACAAAAAGAAGAAAUAAAGAUGUUUCUGAUACAGAAGUCACAUCAUGUAAGCAAAAAAUGACAUACAUACGAAGUCGUCGCGGUCUCUUCAAAGACCACAACCCCAUAUAUGAAGAUUUGACAAAAAAAGAGUAUCCUGUACUACUACAAUCUGCUUCUAAUGAACUGACUCAUAAAGUCCCCAUGGACAUCCUCAAAGUUAAUGGAAUAUUAAAAGAGAUUUUGGGGGUGCAAUAUGUAAAGGCGGCUGGUAACUUUUAUGUUAAAGUUUAUUUCGGAUGUGCCAAGGAUGCAAAUGCAUUUUUGCUAAACAAACCUGUACUACAAGAAAAUAAUUGGAAAGCAACAAUUCCAUAUGACAGCAUAGAGUGCCAAGGAAUUAUUCGUGCUCCUGUGGAUCUUAGUGAGGAGACAUUGCUCGAGGACUUAAAAGCGAGUUGUAUGAUUCUUGGUGUAAAGCGCUUUACCAAAAAACAGGACGAUGGGCAAUUCAAACCUCUCCCAACCGUCCUGGUUACAUUUAUGGCCUCGUCUAGACCCGACCACGUAAUCUAUGACCAUAUCUGGAUGCCUGUACAGGAAUACAUCAGACCUCUGCUUCAGUGCUUCAGAUGUUAUAAAUUUGGACAUGGCAGUGGAGCUUGUAAAAGCACUCAAGUAUGUUCCAUUUGUUCGGCGGGUCAUUUUUACAAAGAAUGUACCACACCAUCAGUCUUCAAGUGCUCAAACUGUAGUGGACCCCAUUCGGCAGUUUCUUAUACCUGUAAAGUGAAGGCAGAAAAAAUUGCACAAAUUAAGAACAAGAUAAAUGGCAAAUUCUCUUAUGCAACUGCAGCUGCAAUAGCUGUUACACCUAAUAAUAGUACUAAUCCAAAUAGUAAGAUUUUAAAAACACCUGCUAAAACACCUCACGGACGUGCUAUGAUUGCUGACAUUAUUAAUUCUGAUAUUGUCCUUAAUGCAAUCACCAAAACAAUUGUAGAAUUAAUGAAAAAAAGAGAAGUCAAUAAUACUUCCUCUGGUCCUUUACCAAUAUCCUCCCAAAUGAUUAAAGAGCUGCUUGUAACAAGUUUUACCACUUAAAUUAUGGACAGGUUGGGUAUCAAACAAUUAAAAAUACUUCAUUGGAACUCCAGAAGUCUAUUUCCAAAACUAGGUCAACUUAUACAUUUUUUGCAUGGCUGUGAUGAAAGUGUCGACAUUAUACUAUUUAAUGAAACUUGGCUGACCCCUAGCAAAAUUAUCAAAUUGCCUGGGUUUACUGUAAUUAGAAGAGACUCAAACCAUCCCCAUGGUGGUGUUGCAAUUGCAAUUCGUUCCAAAUACAAGUUCAGUAUUGUCAACACUUUAUCACAGUACCAUUUUCAAAAUAUAUUAAUUAAUAUUAACAUUCAUAAUUUUUCUCUAGAUUUGUUAUGUGUAUACGCUCCUCCACCUCCAAAUGGUAAGUUUACUAUAGAUUCAUUGAAAGAUACAUGUUCAAAAUUUGUAAGUAAUAAUCGUUUGAUAAUAGGUGACUUCAACGCACAUCACUCAUCUUGGAGUUCAAGAGUCAAUGAUGGAAGGGGUAAAGCUCUUCAUGCUUAUGUGGAGAAUUCUGACUUAAUUUGUUUAAAUGAUGGCACUAUCACCACUUUUGCUCCGUUUGGCCAACAAGGUAAUGUUCUGGAUUUGGUAUUCGCAUCCCGAGCUCUUAGUUCUAGUUGUUCGGUAUUUGUUCUUGAUGAUCUUCUUAGUAGUAAUCACUUCCCUUUGCUCAUUAGUGUGGUUUUUGACUCGCCCACUCAUACAUAUUAUUCUAAUAACUUAUUUAAGGGUCCAGGUAUUAAUCUUCAACAAGAUGAUAAUUCGCUAGCUAAGGUAAAUUUUAAAAAGCUUGACUGGUCUAAGUUUAACAAGUUAUGUGAUGAUAAAUUUGAAGUUUUUCAAUUUGUAAAUAACCCUCUAGAAAACUAUAAGAAGUAUUUGAGUAUUUUGCAUGACAUAUUAAUGACAUUUCCUAAAAAGUGUUACCAUCACACAAAUAAAUCCUUAAAAGCUACCCCGUGGUGGAAUGAUGAAUGUGACCGUGUAGUUUUACAAGCUAAAAUUGCCUUACGAUCUUACAAACAAUAUCCUUCUAUGGAGAAUUACAUUAUAUACAAAAAACUAGAUGCUCUAAAGAAAAGAACAUUAUUUGAAAUUAAACGCGUGAGUUGGUUGAAUCUUUGUUCCUCCUUUAAUCGUAUG